GUUUAUAUUAUUUUAAAUCUAUCUAAAUUAAAAAAUGUCUUAUCAACAGGUCUUCGUCCUCCUCUGUCUGGCAGCCGCUGUUGCUGCUGACAGCCUGGAGUCCUUUGAGUCCUACGAGUCAGGUGAAGCGAAAUACGACUUCAACUGGGCUGUCAAACACGAUGACUCCGGCAACGACUUCGGGCACCAGGAGGCACGUGACGGUGACCACACACAGGGAUCCUACUACGUGCAGCUCCCCGACGGUCGCCUGCAGACCGUCAGAUACGUCGUGGACGGCGACGACGGGUAUGUGGCUGAAGUGAACUACGAUGGCGAGGCUCGUUACCCCGAUUCAUACGAGUCCAAUGAAUCAAAAUAGAUUGUUUGACUGUUAUAACUGCAUGUGAAACCCAACGACAAAGAUGUGCUGUUUUAUAUAGCUAUGUAAAUAAGCUUAUGUUAUAUUAUGAAUAAAGUUUUCAUUUAAGCUGCAA